AUGGGCUGGGCGGACGAGUCGAGGACGAAGGCGCCGCGGACCCGGAGUCGUACGCUGCUGGACGGCGUCGGGCAGGCCUGUGCCCGGGCCCAAGCGGAGCUUCGAAAGCGGCUGACUCUCCGCCCAAGGCCCCCGCGCGUUCUACCUCCGAAUCCGCUCUCGGGAAAAAUGCCCUGGAGUGCGGAGGGGGUGGGGGUGACACCGCGUGGCGGCUCCGGAGCGGGUCCCCAGGGGCCCAAGGGAUUUGCUUAA